AUGGACAUGCGUAUUAGAAGCGAAGGCUGCGACGACCCAGAAAAAACUGCAGACACUUGUGGCAUUGCUUACCUGUACGUUAAUGGCGUGAACCACUCUCUUCGUAAAAGAGGGUUUAACAUCGUCGUUGCUGAUACCAAAACAGGUGAAAUAAGACUAAGACAUCCUAAGUUAACAACGAUUAAUGCCCCUCCCCAGUAAAUUGAAACUUUAGGAUUGAGCAAGUUCACGUGUGUGAAAUAAUCUAUGUAAACAAAGAAUUACUGCUCACUUUAAACGUGUUGAAAUCUUAAUAACAUGCUUCUAAACACUGCAAAUAGAAGAAAGCAACGCACACGAAGGCUAAAUAACAGGCGAGUAUCAAAGUGCGGAUAAAUAAAAUACGUGUAUCGCAGAACAUUGUAAAGCUUGGGGGAUGUGUGGCCCGUAAAAUGUUAGGGAGGGGAGGGCUAGUGUGCAGUUUCUGAUUGGGCUUUAUAAUUCUCCCGCCUCGCACCGUGUAAGGGAUCCAAGACAGUCUUGGAUUCAGGAAUCCAAGUAUGUUGUAGAUUUCCGGAUUCCAGGUUCUAGAUUCCGGAUUCUUUGACACUGGAACUUGGAUUCCGGAUCUAAUCGUUAGUGUGGUUCCAAAGAAUUAGGAUUCCAAAACUCAAAUUUUCCGGAUUCCGAAUAGACCAAAUGCAAAAAUUUCCCUCUUUCCAGAAUCCCGAUUCUCUUACAUGGGGCGGCCUAUUCUUCAUAACCAGCAGUCGCUGACCAAACAUGGAGGAAACGGGCAAUAUACAGUCAUUGCCGUCAAUGAUUGUAUAUUGCCGUCUGGCAUGCAAUGUAGUGACACCUUGCAGCUCAACUGUUUUGGCCUGCUGAGUGCAGAACUCGAAAGAGUUUAAAGCUAUGCGAAGACGAAACGGCAGCCAAUUUUUUAGUUUAUAUUCUGAAACAUUGCCGAGAAAACGGGAAAGUGUCUACGAAUUGGUGGGGGUGUUAAGAACUUUAGAAAUAUUUUAUUGAAUUAAUAAUAAAACAAUUACUGAAUUCGUCUUCCCUAUAAAGAAUUACGCAAAUCUCAACGGAGUUUAUUAUCUAUUUUGGCCAAUCCCCUCCUCGAUCGGCAUAGUUCGUCAUAUCAUAAUCAGUCUCCAUGUGAUUAAUUGUUAAUAACGAGCCUGUGGUAUCACUACAUGUUAAAAUUAUCUAUUUUAACAUAUUUAUCGUUUUCCUGAACAGGCGCAGUCAUUGAUAAAAAGGCGUUUGAUACUUAUGCUGUUGCUGGUUCUGGUGAAAAAAUGAGAGAUUAUCUCAACACCAUAACUGGGGAGUAAGUGCCAGUUUCCUCAGUUAUUACUUUGCGUACCGAAAGGACAGCAAUUUUGACAUUUUAAAUAUUAACUCAUUUGAAGGCAUCUAUGGAUUUUAUGUGUGGUUUGACCGCCCUUUGAGACAAACGAAUGAAUGUGAAAUAUUACACUUUUUGAGACAUGCAUUUGAGAAUAAGCUAUUGUUCUUUAUGAAGACAAACUUAAUAAAAGCAAGGGGCACGCAUACACUAACCCACGGCCUGGGUAUGGUGCUGGCGCUUAAAGGAGUGCUUUCACUCGCCUCAGCAGCAAGCGGGUCUUUGAGACACGGGUUUCCCCCAUCCAUUGACCCGACGGUUUUGUCAUGCUGAUGAGCCUCAAUAAGGGCGAUACAGCUGUCCACAGCUGCCUCUGCCUGGGUGAUAUGGCUGUGCGCAUGCGUGAGGUACUGGCCAGGCCUUGGGUUGGUGUAUGUGUAGCUCUUGCUUUAAAUUUGUCUUACCGUUCUUUAUGACAUACACCAUCCAUAUGAAAGGGUGUUUCUUGGUGUUGUUUUGUGGUGUGCCUGUGUAUUGUCCAGAAUCAGGUCUUUUUUAAUCUUUUGUAUUAAGUCAUUUGGUGAUUGCAACCAUCCGCAACACUGACCAAGAAACUAUCAUUUCAACGCCAGUUGACGAAGGUUAAAAUGGAGAGUCCUUUGACCUGUAUCACAUGAACAUAUAUUGGGCUUAGAUACACUACACACUGCAAGGUCAUUAAAGCUGCAGAAGCUAAGUGACACUUUAGGUAAAAACACAAAAAUAACAACAACGACAACAACAGUCCUGUAUUCUUGAUACAAAAACGCAUAAGUAAGCAAAUUAAUUUAACGUUUAAUUUAACGAUAAAAAAAAAAACGAUAAAAAGCACAGCCUACCAGACUGAAGCCGAUGUUAGUCGCCCUACUGGAGUUAGAAUUUAGUUUGAUGGGUCUUUGUUGGCUUUUGCACAAGUUGUUUUGCAUUAACACUUGUCUGAAUGUUUGGUUGCUUUAAUAGUGACGCCAUUGUUUGCAAUUAUAAAUACAAGUUGCAUUCUUGAAUGAUGCAAAAUAUACAUUCUUGCGCUACUACAGGAAGGCUGUUCUGAUUGCCACCCAGGAUUCCGCUUUAAAUCACUGGCAGCCAGCGAGGGACUCUCUCAAGAAGCUGGGCGUUACUGAACCAAUCAUGAUAGAGCACCGAAGUUCGUUUGCUUUUAUUGGAUAUGCUGGAGCACAGAAACCAUCAUGGAUCGCACAGGAGCAGCGAAAAAUAGCACAGGGACCCAGCGUGAUCAACUUGAGAAUUGCUGUUCAACACAGUCCACCGCGUAAGAAGAUAUGCCAUCAUCACAUAGAAUACCUAUGACCACCAAUCAAUCAAUCAAUCAAUCAAUCAAUCAAUCAAUCAAUCAAUCAAUCAAUCAAUCAAUCAAUCAAUCAUUCAAUCAAUCAAUCAUCAAAUCAAUCCAUCCAUCAAUCAAUUAAUCAAUUAAUCAACAAUGUGCUUAUCACAUGCAGACUGUGCCAGGCUUUCAGAUAGUAGAGACAAGCCAAGCGGAAAUUAGAAGCGCGUGAUCCAGGGAAGGUGGCGGUGGUGCUUCAUCUCUUUCAUGCCUCCGCGCGUUGUUCGCAUCACUUUUCACGAUCUCUGCACAUUACUAUCUUGUAGCCCGGAACACGCGCAGCGUUUUAAGCGAACUACCAUUAAAUGAUGAAGAAAACGGGUCUAGUUUCUAACUGUUGAUACGUUUACCACCUUCACACUGAAAUACACUGCAGACCACUUAGUAUGAGACUGAGGGUGGAUUCAUCCCGCUGGAAUUUCUUCAUCAUUUUUAGGCUAUAACGCUUAUACUUAAAAUCAAUCUACCCUGAAUUGAAAUGAAUCUAUUCAUGAUUUUAAAUUUUGUCUGCUAAACGCAACUUUUUACUCUGACAGAACCAAGUAUGAGCGUUUUUCUUCGAAGUGAAGGCUGCAGCGACCCCGGUAGAACAGGUUGUGGUAGAGGUUACAUUAAAGUAAAUAAUCAAGAAUACUCACUCUUCUCCAGAGGAGUCAACGUUGCUGUGUUUUCUUCAGAAGGUAUGUUACCAAAUUCGAACACCUAACCAUGGAAGCGCUAUUACAAUAGGGGAACGAUUUCAAGUCCACUUAAUAAUGGGUCUAAGUGGAGUCCAAAAGUCUGCAGUCAUAAAGAGUGAUUAGCAAAACCGGACGACCACCUAGUGGAAAGUCCGAUCUGUUUAAUCACAGACCUUACUAGCGUUUCUGCUAGAAACUGGAAAAAAAAGAGAAGCCAUUCAAGUGUGCGUGCGUGAUGGUGCGUAUUCAGGGGCGUAUUGUUCUAUUACUCUGUACCAUUAGUGCCGAAAUGAGGGAUGUAGAUAGCCAAUCCGAUUAGAGAUUUUGUUAUAGUUAGGAUUAUGUAUGUUAAAAACCACCAAAAAAAAGAAUAAUAAUCAUGAAUGAUUAGAGCUUGAUUAUCUUGUAAUCGAUAGAGAAAAUACUGGUUCUAAGAGCAGCUCGCUAUUACCCAAUGACGUGUUAUUUUCUGUGAGGUAAAGAUUCAUAAAGUAUUGCUCUUGUAUGGUCUACAAAAGCUGCGCCACCUUCGCAAGCAACGCGAGCAAUCCCAACCACUCUUGACUCGCUCCAGGGAUACUUUUGUUUUCAAUUGAUGACAUCUGUUUCAAAUCGAAACUGCGCAAAAAUCAAAAGUUAUCAGACAUCUCAGCAUUAAAUCCAUUACUUAGUCCAUUAUUUAUUGGUUAUUUGCUUUAAUUCUGUCCCUUGAAGGUGUGUUUUUAGAGACCAGAGCAUUUGACACUCAUGCAUUGCAUAACGCUGGCUUAAGUGGCGCAGACUACCUGAAUAAGCUGUCAGGGGAGUAAGUAUUCGAUCAAUGAUUCAUACAACGGUAAUAAAACUGAGUCGAGUGCAACUUGUAUAGGUAAUCACAUGAUUUCGAGUGCAAUUUGGAAUAAACAAGCACGAGUGAAUUUUUCAAAGACCCAAAAAAGUGCACGAGCCCGUAGAAAUUACAAACCUUGUGUGGGUAGUGGUAUAAAAUUCAAAAUUAUCAUAAUGAUUACUGUUGAGGUCAUUAAGACCAUGAAUAGUCUUGUAGCACUCUAGCAAAGAUAGAUAAGACCUCAUUGAUUGAAGACUGGACCACCCAAACAUUGUGACCAGAGGGACAGCAUAUUCCAGAAUGGGUAUAACCAAGGCAUUGUACAGCCGAGAAACGACUUCCUUGUUCCCUGGACCAACAUUCCGUUUAAGGAAACCCACAAUAUUGUUGGCUUUAUUUUCAACUUUCUGCGUUUGGAUGUUCCAGGAUAGAUUAGAAGUCAAGGAGACCCCCAAAUCAACUGUUUCGGUGACAGACUGAAGCGCACAACCAGAGAGCUUGUAAGGAUAACUAGCAUGGAUAAAACGCAGAACCUCACACUUGUCAGGGUAAAAACGAAGUUGCCAAUUUUCACCCCAUUUCUACUGUAGCGUGUUGAGGUCACAUUGAAGUUGUUUCUCGUCAUUUUCAUAGUAAAUAUCUUUUUUACUGAUACUUAUUAUUAUUAAUCGAACAAGCACGCAGCGCAAGUUCGAUUUGGACAAAUUGUCUUUGAUGUAGGCCGGACUGAAGUUAAUUUAACUUUGACACUUAUUAGAUUUGGUAUCAGUAAAAAUGACAUUUGCAAGUUGUGCAAUCUAAUAACAGGUUACACACCGAUCGCAUUAUCAUCUCGGUUCCAGCCGAGAUGAGAAGCUGGUGAGUUUAAUUUCCUAGGUAUAUUUUAAGAUGCUGAUGUUUAUCAUGUAACUGUUUUUUACAUUUGAAAAUUUUGCCACUAAGGAAGAUUGUCCUCGUCUCGUUCCAAGACGAAGCUUCUGUUCGCGGUGCACCAGUGAUUGCUGCACUUAAAAGGCUGGGCGCAAUGGAUCCGAUCGUUUUGGACUACCGCGGUUCUUUUGCUCUAGCUGGGUAUGCUGGCUCAUAUCUGCCCUCGUGGGUAAGUCAAGCCCAAGCCAAAAGAGCCCUGGGACCUAGUAUAGUGACGACUGUGAUAGAUCCAGGUAACAUGUUUUGCUUUUUACUCUGUUCAAUCUAAUACUAGCAGAGCUCUAAUCAAUUGACAUCUGUCAAGAAGGGUACCCGCUGACCAGUGUCACAUGACUUUAUCGCAGGCUCAGAUGUACAACUCAUUGAGGUGACGUAUUUUUUGAAGUUCUCCGCUGCUCAGUUAAUGGUUUUGAAUUGAUUGCAAGCUCAGCUCCAUUUAGUUUACUUCUUGCUUAAGGCGAACGUUCGAUAACGGAUCAUGAAAGAUCCUACGAGGGCUUCUCUUUUGGCCUCGGCUAAAUCUAUAUAUCAGCUUAUGUUAAGGAUGAAUGGUGGAGCAACACAGGGAGCACUUUACUCUGCUAUCAUCUAUUUGCGGAACUUAACCAAUACGGCAGGUGACGGAAGCAAAAAAGGCACUUGAACUCGCAUCGUUACAUUCACCACGGUUACUCCAACUCGCUUGAUUUAAGUUCUAAGAACCCCAUUUUAGUUCACUACAAGAAUUGUGCCCGCCCUUCAAUCAGGGAUGGAUUGACCUCCGGCUUGUUAUUACAACACAGGUCUCUUCGAUAAAACGUCAAAAGUGCGUGCUGGCUAAGCGUGAUUUCCAAAACCUUUUUAUAGUAUAUAUUAACUUACUUUUUUUUUUUACAAAAAAAUAGUUCUAUGGACUGAGUUUGAUAAUUAUUUUUUGCACAGUACAGAAUUUUAAUUGCUGCCACAAAAGUUUUGUUAGCUUGCAGUAUAUUAUACAGCCCCCAUCACGCUCAGCGAGGAACAGGUUGUACACAGUGCAGGCUCAGUUUUGUAUUCCAGCAUCACAUCGGCUUUAAAAAAUAAAAUCAUUUAUCACUGACUCACCCCAUGUAAGGGAAUCUAAUACAGUCUUACAUUCCGGAUUCCACGCCGUAGAUUUCGGAUUCGAGGUACUGGAUUCCAGAUUUUUUCUAAGUGAAACGCGCGUGGCCCUGGAUUCCAAUCGUCAGUGGGAUUCCAAAGCCCAGGAUUCUGGUUGCCCGCUAGAAGACGUAUCUAACGGCGAGAGAUACUUCUGCUAGAAGGAAAGAAUUCCGGAUGAUUAAUCCACUAGCGAAAAUUGCGUACAGUAGAUUUUGGAUUCUACAAGCAAAAAUUCCCGGAUUCCUGAAUCCAGCUACCUUAAUUAAUAUGGGGUGAACUGACCACAUUCACUUUUCCUUUUCAGUUCGCGUGUUAGAUAUUCAUGUUCGCAGUGAAGGCUGUGACGACCCUGGCAAAGCCCCUGGUACAUGUGGCAUUGCCUACAUCAAGGUUAAUGGGGUGGAUCAUUCACUUCACAGAAGAGGACACAAUGUUGUCACAGUGGAUGCCAAGACAGGUACUUUAAUCGAUGUCUUAGUAAUCAGCUUUUUUUCACAUCUCAGUUUCUUUUCUUUAACUUUCCUUUAAAAUCUGAUUUCAAUCGACCGUAUAAUGCACCAAUCAUGGUUGGAGUCCAAGGAGGACAAUGAUAAUCAAUUUGAGAAUAUUUUAACAAAUUUGUAUAUGUUUCAUUGGUAAAGAGAAAUAGUGACUGGAUGUUGAAAAUGAUGAAAAUAGAGAUUAUGCAGCGUAUUACAGUUGAAAGUCCCCCUGAGCCUGUCAGCUUUCAAAAUAAAUUCAACCACAAUUACCCCUUGAAAGCUCUUGAAAAAUUUAGGUUUCUCAUUUACAAUGAGACAGAAAUUAGGGAGUGUAAGCAAGGACGUUUUAGAGCGACGCACGUCAACCGGAAGUGAGCCUUUUUGCCUUUAAAUAUGCGUUGACGCUACUAAAUUUGUAUUGCUAAGUGUCUUCACUCUUAUAGAGACGAUUAGCCAAAAGAUUUGUUCAAAAUCACGGCUCAAGAGUGCAAAAACGUCCACACGUCCGGUUGAGGUGCGUUGCUCAAAAACGUCGCUGCUUAAACUCCCUAAUAACUCCAUUUCUAUUCCUUAUCGGAUUGAAUUUCUUUACAAUUACGCAAUUUUGCUGUUUUUAAAUGCCUAUAAUACAUCAGAUCUCGUUACUGCAAUCGGCUGUUGACAAAUUUUAGCAAAGUCGCCUAAGCAACUUAGCGUAAAAAAACCCUACUAAUUCACCAUUUUAAGAUAGAUCAUAAUUCACCUCGUUACCCCCCCCCCCCUAAAACAAAAGAAAAAAAUGCACAUCCAUUUUCUUCAAUUUAACUUCUCUUGCGGCGACUGUGAUACCCAGGAGAAAUUGGAAAAAAUGGUUAUGCAAAACUUUGGGCGUAAACAAGAUGCAUUAAUGGUGCAUCAGUAAAAAAAGAAAGUAACGUGGAUCUUUUUAUCUCUCUCAGAAAAUGGUAUUAAAGGUUUUACUAAACUAUCGAUUGCCAUAAUAAUAAUAUUUACCAUGUACUUCGCUUCGUGAGCAAUCUUGACAGCAGACAAUAUGCUUUGUGCUUAGGUCGAGUGGAUGGAAAAGCUUAUUUUGAUACUCAUGCUGAUGGCACCGCAGGAACCAGGCUGGCAGCACAUCUCGACGCCAUACGUGGACAGUACGUAACACCAGUUACCGAUUACUAAGUAGUUAAUGGUUUGGGUAGCUUUGGGUCUAAUGGUUUUUUCUAGGAAAACUGUUACCUGGGCAUAACUUCGGCGCAGAGACACUGGAAGACCUCAUCGUCCUUGAUUAAAGUAUAUCACGUGAAGUCUCGUGACAAUUUCAACAAAUUGUUUCACCGAUUCAUCCACCACCACCACCACUUCAUUUCCAAUAAUUUCCCUCCGCCACCACCAUAUUUCUAUUGUUCUGCACCGCUACCGCUGCCACAACCACCACCACCAACAUCACACUAUCACCUGGACAACUUCCACCCCCCUUCACUACCAACACCACCCCUACCACCACAACGACCUCCACCUCCUUCACGACCAAACCCACCACCACCACGACCUCCACCUCCUUCAUUACCAAACCCACCGCCACCAAGACCUCACACUCCUUAACUACCAACCCCACCGCCACCCGAACCCCCCCCUCCUCCACUACCAACACACCACCAACCCGAACCCCACCCCCCUCCCUCCCAAACCCACCACCACCCCGACCGCCACCCGCUCCCUCACCAAACACACCACUACCACCAGCACGACCUCCACCUCCUUCACUACCAAACCCACCACCACCACGACCUCCACCUCCUUCACUACCAAACCCACCGCCAUCACGAACUCCACCUCCUUCACUACCAAACCCACCGCCACCACGACCUCCACCUCCUUCACUACCAAACCCACCACCACCAAGACCUCCACCUCCUUCACUACCAAACCCAUCACGACCACGACCUCCAUCUCCCUCUCUACCAACACCUCCACCUUCCGAAGCACCCCUAAUACCACUAACACCGCCAUCACCACAACCACCGUCACCACCUUUCUUGACCUAACGCCAUUAAACUUUAUACUGAAACAGUUUUUCUUUCUUCUUCAUCAGUAUAAUCGUUUUGGUUGCCGUUCAAGAUGCAGCUGCAAAUCACUUUGCAGCGGCGUUUAAUGCCCUUAGAAGAUUGGGCGCUAAGGAUCCUUUCGUGGCAGAAUUCCGAGGAUCAUAUGCCUUUGCUGGGUACUCACAGCCUAACAAGCCCUCUUGGGUAACACAAGUUGAACGCGGCCGAGCUAAAGGACCUAGCGAGUUCAGAAUAACAAUUCCUCUUAUUCUUCCAGGUUAGUAAAACAUUUAAAAUGAAGCAUAUUGGUACUUAAUAGAUCAUACAGUGUACAGAAGUAAAAAAAAUUAAUUUGAAAAAAUAUUUCUCUUAAUCACUUCCAGCAAAGAACUAUGCUUUUAGUCCUACGCUUGGAGCGUUAGUGCCUAUUAGGAGCGCCUUUAAGAGCACGCGCACAAUCUUGAUGAAGUUCUAGCAUUUAUGAAACGUUUAGAUGAAUUACACAAUUUUAAUACGUUUAACCUCUGGAAUGAGCUAUAUGUAUUCUAUAUCCAUACAGCUUAUGAGACUGUUGGUUGUUACAAGGACAAAGGAGAUCGUGCAAUUCCAAUAUUGGAAGGUAAAGAUCCUAUCUUAGAUGGGGGCUAUCAACAAAGAAUCAAUGCUAUUGACAAAUGCUACAGAGCCGCGAGAAAGAGAGGUUUUAAAGUAUUCUCUGUUCAGCACGGUGGACAGUGCUUCUCCAGUUUAACCGCUCAAAAGACGUUCAACAAACAUGGGGUAUCAUCUGCCUGUAAUUUUGAUGGUGAAGGCGCAGCAUGGAAUAAUCAAGUUUAUUUCAUCAAAGGUGAGAGAAAGACAAUAAGAAAGGCAUAACUAUAGUAAUGCAGGAUGUUUACAUGUCAGUUGAUUGCUCAUGAUGUGCCUUAGGCCAAUCCGCACACGCGCAGAAGUUACAUGCGUUUUUAAACAUUUCGGUAUUCGAGCCUCAAGGUAGGGGGCAGAAACAAAUAAACUAAAAGAAUCUAAGAGAAAAGAACGAAAGAAAGAAACACCGUACCUUUUCUUAUUGCUGGCCAGCAUGAGCGAGGUAGCAUUAUUAACAAUUUGCUUUUGUAGUUUAAUAUUGAAAUUAUGUGCACAUAACAAGGCCUUUCAUGAUCUUUAGUACCUUCCGAGCUGCACUGAAUGUGAACAUUUUAAAUUUGCCUAAGUAUUAAUUAUAUAACUCCCUUGUAGAAUAUUUAAUAUCCUUAUUCUUGCACGUUCGCCUCAGAGGCCAAGUCGCUACCAUAAAAGAUUUUAAUUCAAGCUGUUAGUCUCUCACAGUUCUUCAUUUCAUCAUCCUGCUCUUAGUCUGUUAACGUAACAAUUCAUGUAAGUGCAUUUGUUUGUAGCUCCUUAUACAGCAACUGCUGUCAUCAUAGUUAGUAUAAGAGGUGACUGGUUAUGAAAACGGGCAAACAUCCAAGUUGAAAACGGUGCGGUAGUUUAUGUUGGAAGCUCCCUGACUGGCACAGGCCUUUGCUUUUUCUUCAAAAAUUUAGACUGAAUAAAUUAAUGCGAUGCUUCUAUUGGUCAGUAAGUUCAAAAUGAUAAGAAUCCUAUUGAACGUUGUGUACAGUCGGGUCCAAAAAAGCUAACAAACGAGUCUAAGGAGGUUUCAUAACCAUUCCACCUAAAAAACGAUGCUGUCACCAAAAGAACUAAUUAUACUCGUGAUAGUAGACCAUGUGUUUGUCGUGUUUUCCUUACAGACUAUCUGACAAGUUUUGGAUGCUUUAAAGACACAGGAAAUCGUGCAAUUCCUCCUUUGGAGGGAAAAGACCCUAUUUUAGAUGGUUCUAAUUACAAGAACCGUAAUCAUGCCAUCGCUAAGUGCGCUGUAGCAUCUCUGAGGAAAGAUUAUCACAUGUUUGCCCUCCAAGAUGACGGGUGGUGCGCCUCCAGUACCACGGCAGAAAAUACGUUUGACAAACAUGGUAGGGGAGGCAGCUGUCAAGGGGGUGGAGAAGGCGGUCCUUGGGCAAACGAUGUUUACGUUCUUGGUAAGAAUAGUAUCAGUAUUUUUUAUAAAUUUAAAGAAUGUACAAGAUAUAUAGAGAAGAUAAAAACAAAAACAUUUGAAAAGUCAUGGUGUUGAAUCUGAAGUUGGUGAGGCUGGAGUCGAGUUGAACGUUGAUAAACACUUGACUGUUGUACCUUAAAUUAUUUUUUGCAGAACGUUGACCGAUUUUCUCCAAAUUGGGGUUGGGCUGAACACCCAAGACCAGUAACAGUAAUAAAUAUACAUUAAUUACACUGUUUCGCUUUAUUUUCGUUAAUUUUUCCCCAAACUCACAGAAUGUCAGGAAGCUCUUGGAAUGGAGAGUGGUGCAAUUUUGGACGGAAAAAUUACAGCUUCGUCGCAGUGGGACCCUAAUCAUGCUCCUCACCAGGCCAGAUUGAACUACAAACCACCAGCAGGAAAAGCGGGUUCUUGGUCUGCUAAAACCAAUGACGCCAAUCAGUGGCUUCAGAUCGAUCUGGGCGCUGCAUUUACUAAGGUGACACGAGUUGCGUCACAAGGAAGACAUGCUGUGGCUCAGUGGGUCACCAAGUACAGGUUAAAAUACAGCAAUGAUGGAGUGAACUACCAAGACUACAAGGAAGAAAGUCAAACAGUUGUUGAGGUAAAUGUAAAGUAAAUUCAAUCACCCUGUUGUUGUUGCGGGAAUAUCGCUUUUGAUAACAGUAGCAAGAUGCCAUUUCACUGAGUCAAUUAGAAUUUGUUGCAACUGUUAUUGAUACUCUUUCAACUAAAAAAAUGGAAUAAUUGAAAGCUUAUUACCGAACCGUGGACUUCUGUAUGAUAUUCUCCUUUACGACCAAUUCUACUCUACAAUGACUGUACCUACAGUUGCUAACUUAUCUGUAGGAGUGUCGCUGAUUUCCAACAUUAGACAGCUUUAGAUUUGACCACGGGUACGAGUACGAUUACGAGAUUAAACGAGAUUUCACGCCUGUUCUCAAAAAGAGAAGACACCCCUGAAAGCUUCAUUUUACUUUUUUUUCACCAAAUGUUAAUACGGUUUUUUAUACUGAAGGAGAGCAAGCCCUCUCAUGAUGAUAAAACUUCUUUCAUUAUUUUUGAUAACUUGUUUCCGCCACUACGACAUUCUCGCUAAAACCCUUAGUAGCAUGACGACGGCUAUCACGUUUUCCCGCCAAAAUGACGCUGGUUCACCCGUGAGCAAUACUCAGUAUUGAGAAAAACUCGUACUCGUAGUCGUCCUCGUCUCAGUAUCUGAAGCACUCUAAUAAUUCUGUUGGCCCUUAGCCAAAGAGAAGAUAAAUAGUGAGUACAAUGUAUAAUGAUAGUGUGCGGUCCUUAGAAUGUCCUCGUACUUGUAGUCUAAUUCUCAGACGUCCGAGGUCGAUCGCAGUCCCCUCGAGAGGGAGCCCCAAGCGAAGCUCGGACUUCUGAGAAUAUAAGUCCUUAUCGUCCUUGGCGAUUUCUAAAAUUUGGAAUCUACUGAACAAAUAUCAUAUGCUGCUGUAGGAAUUUGAGGGGAACAUGGACAGCAAUAACAUUGUUUCUCACGAGCUAAAACCACCGAUUUGGGCACGUUACAUCCGUUUUCAUCCAAAGACUUGGUAUAGCCACAUAUCAAUGCGCGUGGAGGUUUAUGGCUGCAAGAAAGGUACAUUGUAUUCAGCUUCACUCAGUCGUUGUUAACGAGUAGCACUUUGAAACUCCUUAAAUUUAUGGGCGAAAUUGUCUCGUUUUUUUUUCUAUAGCAAUUUUCUCUCUUCAGGUUAUCUUCUUGCAGUGGGUUUUAUACAAAAACAGAAAAACCAUCAUAAGCCUUACAAUAUUUGUCAUUGUGUCUCUAUUUUCCUAGAAAAUGUUUGAAAGAUAGAAUCCCGAAGCACCGAAGAAAAAUUUCAUCUGCUCAGUAAACUAGUUUGACAAGUUUUUAUUUUAGACCAAUCAGCAACAGCCUUGCAUAAGGCGUGCGAAAAACGCAAAAGGUCACGUCAGUCUGUCACGCACUCUUGUUUUACUUUUAGUGAAUUCUACUUUUAAAACUCUUUUUGGACAGUUUAGUUGCAGUAUCGGGGGAUAUUGUUACUCGUCUAUUUGUAUUUUGACUCGCCCUACGGGCUUGCCAAAAUAUGGCAUGACUCGUAAAGAUACCGCAAAAUUUCGAAAAUAAGCCCCGGGGCUUAUAUUUUUCAAAGGCCCCUUAUGAGGGGCUCAUCUACGGAGGGAAAUUUGCGUUUCAAAAUCGAUUGGGCUGGCCUUAUAGUUGGAAGUAAAUUAACCGUUUUGGCUUUGUUUUUCUUUUUUAUAUUAUAUUUACAGCAUGAGAAGCUGGUAGUCAAAAUUCACUUCUUAUUCAUGCAUCAUGUGCAGGAAUGCAGGAAUAAGGAUCUGAAUUGGAUACGAAUUUAUAAGCUUAGUUACGAGAACGACUAAGGGAUUCAUAUUUCAAAUAAUCAUUUCAUUAAUGGAAUCUAUAGGGGUACGCUUGACCCGGCUUUACUGUAAUUUUUAGCCUUUAGAUAGGAUUGGGGUUGAUGAAGCCAAAGAGUAUGAUCAUAACAUGUAUACAUGACUAGCAUGAAGUCAAAAAAAGCAAACUAUCAAUUUCUAAAAAUACUCCAGACUGUCAAUCUGCUCUUGGCAUGCAAAGUGGUGCAAUCUUGGACGGACAAGUCGCUGCCUCCUCGCAGUGGGACAGUAACCAUGCUCCGCACCAGGCGAGGCUGCACUACAUACCUCCAGCAGGGAAGGCGGGUUCUUGGUCUGCUAAAACAAAUGACGCCAAUCAGUGGCUUAAGGUUGACCUUGGGACCCACUCCAGGGUGACACGCGUAGCGUCACAGGGGAGAUAUGCUGUUAAUCAGUGGGUUACAAAAUACAAGUUGCAAUUCGGAGAUGAUGGAAACAACUUUAUGGACUACCAAGCAGCACCUGGGGGAGCAGCUACGGUAAGAAAGAGGUUUUACUAUACGUUGUUGCCAUCUGUUUGUAUCCCUUCAGAGUAUAUUUCACAAGGACAGAUAAGCGUCAAGUCUGGCUAAAUAUAUUUUCUUGAGUAAAAGGGCCUUUUAGACAAGAGUAUUUUGAGUCCUAUGAUUGCAAGUUAUAGUCUGCAUGCUUUAUUGUAUAGCUGUUAAGAAUAUGCUUAACCAAUGAAUGGUCGAGAAGAAUCAAGAAUUAGUACUUUGCUUAUAUUUGGAUUUAGAGCUCUUUGCGCGUGUCUCUGGAAGGUGUCAGUAUUUUACGCGCGCCACUUCUAUCUGAGUGUAUACGUAUUACCAACUACUGACAAGUAAUUAAAGUUGAUAAGGCACGUUUUAACAUCCAUAUUUUUAUGUUGAAGUAUAAAUGUGAUUGCAGUGAAAGUUCAAAGGAAGGUUUCAGUAAUCGAACUAAUUCUCUUACAGGUGUUUACUGCAAAUUCAGACCAGAAUACUGUUAUUUAUCACCCACUAUACCCUACAAUUAAAGGACGUUAUAUACGGCUCCUUAUUGUCGCUUGGUAUCGCCACAUAUCGAUGAGAGUGGAAAUUUAUGGUUGUCAUUUAGGUAAUGUUUAAAAUCUUGUAAAAAUCUGAAUUUCCAUUUACUCGAAUAGAACACAGACUUGAUAGAUAACUACACCAGAGUGUAAAUUGCAGGCAAUUGGCGUGCUGACUUAGUAGACAGGGGAAAUGUGACGUCACGUUUGGUUGCAAUGGUAGCAAAAUUUCUGGAUCACAACAAUAGAAGCAAAGACGAAGGCGACGACAACGAGAACAACAAAACAAUAACUUCGCACGUGCAUGGCGCUUUUUGUACAUUCUUAGCCGCCGUUGCACGACUGCGACAUGAAACUUUCUAAUUUCACGCGCCCGCUUAUAUGUAGUAGAGUGAACACAACACAACAAUUUUACUUUUUCUAAACUUUUUCGCCAACAUUUAAAAUCAAAUUGAAUAAGAUCGAUGAAGUUUGAAGCAGUGCGAAUUCACUUUAAGUGACAUUCUCUGUUUUCUGUAGUUUAAUCCGGAAAUUUUGCUACCAUGGCAACAUGACGUAACGACUUCUCCUCUCUAUUUGCUCUGAAAGAAGAAAACAUGAAAAAAAGCAGGAUGGAGGGAAAGCAACAGCUACAUUUAAGCAUUAGAAACAGAAGGCAGUGUAUAGUACUCUACGUAUACUAAUUGGCCAGAUACGAUAGUGACCAGAAAAGCGGGGAAGGGAAUGAGUUAGGAAUAGGGAGAGAGAAUACAUGACUUGCAAUAAAAGAAUAUAUCGCUCUUUAUCAUGCUUUGCGACUUAUAUUUCAUGAAUGAUUUACAACAAAGCUAAAUUCCUUGUCAUAGACGUCAACGAAUGUGCAAACAACCCAUGUAAGAACGGUGCAGCGUGUGCGAAUCUUAUUGGAAGUUAUCGCUGUGACUGCAAGGCUGGAUACAGUGGCAACCACUGUGAAACGAGUGAGUAAAUAAGUAGACUCAAGUAGGGGAUACUAGGGCGAGCGAAAUGCGAGCGCGCGUGAUUUAUAGAAUCAUGUACUUAACCUGCGUUACGGACGAAAGUUUCAGAAACAUAUAUCCACAGUGAAUUUGGUCUGCAGACUGGAGGGAAUCUCUCCUUCGUGGCGGACUGGGUGAUCUUACUGGAACGGUAAAAACUGUAUCACCUUUUUUCACGACUAUAAACAAAAAAAAAAAAACCAUGCUGUCAAACGAUUACAAAAUUAAGUUGCUGCUUGCUUUUUUAAACUUUGCAGUUGUGAAAAAAGAGUUAAAAUUAAUUGAACGAUGGCGUAGUUUAUAAAUAACUACGUCAUCGUGGUAAAAGUGAUCUAAUUGGCUGCUAUUGCCGAUUUUAGACGUCAACGAGUGUGCGCCCGCUCCAUGCCAGAACGGAGCCACAUGCGUGGAUCUUGUUGGAAGUUAUCGCUGUAAUUGCGUGGCCGGAUACACUGGAAGCAACUGUGAAACAAGUAAAUUUUAAACAAUGCAUUUCUUUUUCGAUCAUUUUAUCUAGCACAUUUUUUUUUAAAUAUAUAGUUUGCGCUGUAAUCAAAUUCAGAGAAAUGUUAACUAGAUUUCCAUAGUACACAUUUUACUCUUUUUCACUUUCAGACAUCAAUGACUGUGCACCUGAUCCAUGCCAAAACGGAGCCAAAUGUGUUGAUCUUGUUGGAAGUCAUCGCUGUGAUUGCAAGGCUGGAUACACUGGAAGCAACUGUGAAACGAGUAAAUUUUAAACUUUGUAUUUCUCUAUUGUCGUUAAAUACCCACCUGUCUGUACUCCAAUCGGACAUAAAACGAAGGUUAAAAAGUUAAACUGUCAGCGAUACUUUUUCCUAUCCUUUUUCCUUUCUAAUUUUAGACAUCAACGACUGUACACCUGAUCCAUGUCAGAACGGAGCCACAUGUGUGGAUCUUGUUGGAAGUUAUCGCUGUAAUUGCGUGGCCGGAUACACUGGAAACAAAUGUCAGACGAGUAAGCAGCUACAUUAAUUAUAUCAAACUCUUUAAAGUUAGGAGAAAGCCGAAGGUGGAUGGUACCCGAGUCUCGCAAUGGUUUUUUGAACAAAAACGUGUCAAUAAUUUGUACAUUUUUAGUUGUCCAAAAAUACAUUAGUUCAGUGCAGAAAACAUCUAAAUAACAUAAAACUCAGGAGCAUUUUAUUUCUGAUUUUCUUAUAAAAAAUAUGAAUUUCUACUAAAGAUGGUGGCUACAAGUGUGUACUAUUUUGUAAUCAACAGACAUUAAUGACUGUGUACCUGAUCCAUGCCAGAACGGAGCCGCAUGUGUUGAUCUUGUUGGAAGUCAUCGCUGUGAUUGUAAGGCUGGAUACACCGGAAGCAACUGUGAAACAAGUAAACAAUUACAUUACGUAUAUCAAACUCUGAAAAGUUGGAAGUAAAGAGGUGGAUGGCACGCGAGUCGCUGGAGUCUCGCAAUGGUUUUUCUCCGAUUUUUUUAACAAAACGCGUGAAUAAUUAGUACAUUUUUUGUUGUCCAAAACACGUAAAUGCAAAGCAGUAAACGACAGUCAAAACGAUCACCCGUUGGGAAUGGCUUACUGACCGCUUAACACAGGUUGACCGUUUAAUAUAGGUCUGACAAACGUGAGUGUUGUAGAUAGUCAAAGAGCGAAAAAAUGACCUCCACCUGUUUCUACCUCUUCUUGGGCCAAAAGAAAAAAUUAAAGGUUAAAGACCACAGUGACUUAACGCCGUACACAGUGUGACCUGUUGCACUAGUAUGGUACGUCUUCAAUUCUCAAAGUGACCGUUUAAUUGAGGUAAAGGCAAUAAAAAAUAAUUCGUUGGGACGUAGCAAAAGAUGACCGCGACCGCUUGAUACAGGUCAGUUUUACACUGUAAUUGAGGGAAAUGAUUUCCUGGACUUUGGUAAGUAACCGCUUAAUAGAGAGGGUGACCGCUUAAAACAGGUUUGACUUUAUAAACUGAACUUCUGCAGCACUUUAUUUCUGAUUUUCUUUAAAAACAUGAAUUUCUAAUAAUUAAGGAUAGCGGCUAUAAUUUUGAAAGAGUUUAUAAUAUGUGAAUUUUUUUGUAAUCAACAGACAUCAAUGACUGUGUACCUAAUCCAUGCCGGAACGGAGCCACAUGUGCGGAUCUUGUUGGAAGUUAUCGUUGUGAUUGCAAGGCUGGGUACACUGGAAGCAACUGUGAAACGAGUAAAUUUCAAACUUCGUGUUUCUUUAUUGUUUCACCGAGUCAGUGCUAACUACCCACUUGUCUGUACCCUGCUAAGACAAUUAGAACGAAGCACAAAAAGUUAAACUGUCAGCGAUACUUUUUCGUUUUUUCCUAUAAUUUCAGACAUCAACGAGUGUGCGCCCGUACAUUAGUUUACUUUUUUUAGUUAGCAAGCGGACGGAAUUCUCGAAAUCUCUGGAAGGGGAGGGGGAAGGGGGGUAGCAUCACCAUCGCAAAGGUUUUUCUGCAAUUUUGAGAAAAUCCCUUUCCCGCAAGAAGAUUACUAUGCGUUUUUACUAGACAUUUCACUCAAAAUUUGGUUUGUGGCCAGUUACGUUGUAAUAAGUAUCACGAAUUAAAGCCAUUUUUUGCAAAUAGUGUUUUGCAUAUUGCUAUGCAGAAAUCUACUUUAAAUUUUUUAGAUUGUCUUUGUUGAUUAGAAUUCCUAAUAAGUAGGGGAUGGCGGUUAUUUUGAAAUAAUUUAAUGUGCAUUGUAUUGCUCUCAACAGAUAUCAAUGACUGUGUACCUGAUCCAUGCCAGAACGGAGCCACAUGUGUGGAUCAAGUCGGAAGUUAUCGCUGUGAUUGCAAGGCUGGAUACACUGGAAACAACUGUGAAACAAGUAAGCACUUAGGAAAAAAGUAUGUGAAACUCUUGGGGAUUUGGUGUGGAGCCGGGAGGAUGGAACCACCCUCUUAACGGUUUUACUGCACCGGUUUUGUCGAAACUGAGAACCCCUUUCCCUUCAGAGGAUGAUUUUGAGUUCCUUGUAGACAUUUCCUCAGCUGUUUCCUCAAAAGUUUGGAGCUAGAUUAAUAGCGACUAAUAUGUUGUAAUAACUUGUACGAAGCCAUUUUUUAGGAAAAGGUGUUUGCACAACGUUGUGCAGAAAUAGAGCAGUUUCCACCGGGACAAGUCAUGAUUUGAAUUAUCUUUGUUGAUUAGAAUUUCUAAUAAAGAGGGGAUAGGGCUUAUCCUGAAAGACGUCAUAAUUAUUAUUAUAAUUUCAAUCAACAGAUAUCAAUGACUGUGCACCUAACCCAUGCCAGAACGGAGCCACAUGUGUGGAUCAAGUCGGAAGUUAUCGCUGUGAUUGCGUAGCUGGAUACACUGGAAGCAACUGUGAAACAAGUAAGCACUGGCACUUAAUUUUAGUCGGUAGCUAAAAUUGCAUCCUGACUCGGUAAAACUGAUUCAUUGUUCACUUCUUUAGACAUCAAUGAGUGUGUACCUAAUCCAUGCCGGAACGGAGCCACAUGUGUGGAUCAAGUUGGAAGUCAUCGUUGUGAUUGCAAGGCUGGAUACACUGGAAGCAACUGCGAAACGAGUAAAUUUCAAACUUUGUGUUUCUUUAUUGUUUCACCGAGUCAGUACUAACUACCCACUUGUCUGUACCCUGCUAAGACAAUUAGAAAGAAGCACAAAAAGUUAAACUGUCAGAGAUACUUUUUCGUUUUUUUCUAAUUUCAGACAUCAACGAGUGUGCGCCUAAUCCAUGCCAGAACGGAGCCACAUGUGUUGAUCUUGUUGGAAGUCAUCGCUGUAAUUGUGUGAAUGGAUAUACUGGCAAUAGCUGUGAAACGAGUAACUAUAAACCUUUAGCCCACAUUUAAGUAAGAAUCCCACCCCCCCCCCCCCCCCCCCCCACCCCCCACACCCCACCCCCCCCAACCCCCCCCCCACCACCCCACCCUCUUCUUUCAUUUCUUUUGUGCUUUGUUUUUUUUUUUUUUUUUUUUUUUUUUUUGUUUUUUAUUAUAUUAUUUUUUUUUUUUUUUUGUUUUUUAUAUUUUUUGUCACAACGGAGCCCACUUGUUUGGUGUUUUUGGGAGUUCUCGUUUUUAUUGGUGUAAUGGAUUACCUGGCAAAAGCUGUUAACCGAGUAACUAUAAACCUUUAGCCCCCAUUUAAGUAAGGAUCCCACCCCCCCCCCCCCUUAGAACACAAUGGGAAGGGCCAAUGCUAUCAUCCCUGCAAUGAUUUCUCUUCGAUUUUGUCAACACUGUUUUGAGCUAGAAUUAUUAUCCUUUAAUAUCCUUUAUGGUCAGUAAAAUAACAGUAUUUUGUUAAUUGUCUUUUGCAAAAAUUGAGUUGGUUCUUUGAACUUAGCAUAUGACAAAAGGCAAAGGAUAUAUGAUACGUCAUUUAAUUAAAUAACUUACAGCGGGUAAAGCAUUUUUGAAAUAGCAUAGCCGGAUAAAAGUUUGGGUCAUUAUCUGUUUGUGGCAAUUGGGUGUCGUCCGGAAAUCGACUUUCAAUAGAACCAAUACGUUUAGGAUAACGUGAAAUAAUUUGUUUCUUGAAUAUUUUUACUUUUUAGAUAUUGACGAUUGCGCACCUGCUCCUUGCUUGAAUGGUGGCACGUGCGUCGAUCUAGUCGCCACUUACCACUGUGACUGUCCGAUCGGAUUCCUCGGAUUAACAUGCGAAGGUACAGUAAGAAUUUUAAACCAUCUGAUGAGUCUGGUGAGAGGGUUCCCAAUGGUAAUAUAACCUGCAGCCUCCAAACGGCUAAAAAAUUUAACCUUCAGGCGUCAAAAAAGGUAAUUUUUUUACCGUUAACCGUCAAAAAUACAGAUUCAUAUAUUGACCGUCAAAAAGUUUCAAGGUAUCUCAAAUCUCACUAUUUCAGUUAAUCUUCAAAGACUUCUGACUUCUGAAGAAUCAGCUCUAAACUGGAAAACUCAGUUCUCGUGUUCUUAAAAACUCUCUCUUAAAAUUACAAGACCUUACAACUUGCUUGUAUUUGAAAACAUUCCAAAAUUUGAAAGGCCAAGACAACCCAACAAAAACAUAAUAUUUAACAUUAGCUUAAAUAUACAGAAGUUAAUAUUUACUCAAACUCUUGGACUUAAUUCCUGUUAAUAAAAGUCAACAGUCAAAAGCUCAAAAAAUUACAACGUCAACCGUCAAAAUUGAAAAAUAUUAACAAUUAACCGUGAAAGCCACCCAGCAUCCCAGUGAGACCCUCUGGUUAGGGUUUGCGACUUCUUGAGAUGGAACGUGAUACCUUUCGUUGGGUAUUCUGAUGUUCUCCACAAGUAAUCCGAUUGACUAAUCCUGGUAAGCAUGAGUAGUAUCAGGCCUUUUUUUUAGGAGUAACGGGAGUUUCUAACCUUUUACACAAAGAUAUAUAGUUGAUGCUUUGACAUACUAGCCAGCUUAGCUAGCCUUUUCCAAGGAGUAGAGGGGAGCAACACCCUGUGAGCAGGGGUUUCUCUCCGCCAAUUGGCUUUUAGCAUUUACGAGCGUUUGUCGGUGCAUCUAUCAGUCUAUUGUACUUAUGCGCAACGAUGACAGCGAAAUUUUGUUUGAUUCAACAAAAGUUCGCGGGAGCCUCAAAGAAAUUUUGCGCAAACAAUCUUUAUUUAUUAGGACAACAUUCAGCGAACUUCGCUCUCAUUUCUUCUGCACCGUACGUGCUGUAACUGUACAUGUGCAAGCUAGGGGAGGAGCUAGGGAUAUAAUUUAUCUAAAAACUGCACCAAUUAUGGGUCUUUUUUUUUCAGAAGUCGAAGUUGACGAGUGUCUUGAGUAAGUGGAGCUGACGAGGUAGGUAUACUCAGUAAAAUAUACAACUUAAUCAUUACCAGUUACUAUACAAUAUGCUGAUCCUAAAGGCGCAUGGGAUAUUUAAUAACAUACAUUCGAAUCUCCAUAUUGUUGAAAGGGCUUUUGAAGAGGGACUAGCUUGCCCUUUCAACAAAGGCAACAAUUCAGCCAGGAAACCAUCUGCUGUUUGUAAACUAACGGUGACGAGAGUUUUCUCUGAUUGGUUAACAUAGUAAUAAGACUGAUUAGCAUGAAUCCUUCGAGAUACUUACUCUGUCUAAAUGGUUUUUCAACCUAAUUUUUACUGUUAAGCUUAGGUCAACUGGCCAAUACAAAACAAGGAGAAUAAUUAUAUAAAAAUUACAGGGUAUCUACUCAUACACAAACUGUUCAUAAUAACAGAAAGGAUGGUACGGAAAUUAUAUUUUGAAAUUCCUGACUGGUUGUCGCUUUUGCGGAGAGGUGUGAAGCUUCUUGUCAGAAAAUGAUUGGCUAAAACUUUUCCUUAUUUUAAUACGGACGUGAUGGUAAAACUCAGAGGGUAAAUAUAAAAUGCAGUUGGUAGUUCAAUGGAAAAUUUAGAACAAUAGGCGUUUGCCACUUCGGUUUCCAAGCGGAAAUAAGACGCGCGCGAUAUGUGCAAAGGGGAGGUGUCCCUCUCUCUUCCCAGUCCCCGCGCGUUUUUCACAUUUCCUUUUACUGCACGACUGCACUACUUUCUUGGGGCCUGGAUCAAGAUAAGGAAAUUACAGCUGUUGUAGGUGUGAAGAACGCUUGAGCCGAUCCAUUUAUGUGUCUCCCUUUUCUACACUAAUUUAUUUCCUUCCCAAAUGAAAUCAUGAUUUCCCCUCCCCCCCCCCCCCCCCCGCCCCCCCACCCGCCCCCACCCCCCCCCCUUCAGCGGUGUUGAGCGGGCGGGGGGUGUUGGGGACGCCCCGCCCGCCCGACUUCUUUACAUCUGUGUCUGUAACUGAAAAAACAAUGCUCAAACAAAUUUAUUAUUUUUUUUUUUUUUUAUGGUUUCUUUAUUGGUGUAAAGGGGGGUGGCCCCUGUCUUUUCCCAGUCCCCCGGCGUUUUUACCGGUUCCUUUUAUGGCAGCGCUCACCUACUUUUUGGGGGCCGGGAUAAAGAUAGGGAAAUUUCGGCGGUUGUGGGUUGAAAGAGCGUUUGAGCCGAUCCAUUUAUUUUCCCCCCUUUUCCCCCCUUUUUUUUUCCCUUCCCAAAGGAAAUCAUGUUUUCCCCCCCCCCCCCCCCCUCCAGAACGCCCAGACUGCCCCCUUCGACACAUGUGAGGCUGAUUGAACGGGUCGGGGUUGUUGGAUACCGGCCGCCUGCCGAAUUUCAGUAUAACUGUGCCUGAAACGAAACAAAAUGUUAUGAACAACAUUUUAUCAUUUUGUUUUCUUAGGUUUGCGUUUGUAUGGAUGUCCAUAAUUGAACUAAGCGGUUUAAAGGAUUUUAUCUACUGCCAUCAUAGGUGCAUGGCCAAAAAUGUAAUAUUUCGCAUAGUUUAUUCAACAGCUUAAUAAACAUCAGUUAAACUGACACAUACCAUUUCUUCCACUCUGGUUGUUGUUAAACUUUAUUCUAACCGUUAUUCAGUUAUUUUGGAACGCCUUGCAUGGAGUGAUUUUACUAAACCCAUGAAACAGUAUAAACGUUUGUGCCAAACAGCUACAAGUAAACAAGAGAAAACACAGUGAAAUUAAGAAAUGUACUACCGUGUAAUGGUCCAGUUCACGGGUUCAGUAAAAUCACUCUGUCUAGAUCGAUCUGUGUUCAUCACCUCAUAAAAGAGCCAACCGACUGAAGAACACUGCAGAUAUCAUAGUUAUACAGAUCAUUUGGAAACUUAAUUAGUCAAAUAAUUUUAUUCAUAUAUUUUGUCUCUUUAUUUUAUCCAAGUUUCAAAACACCCUUUCAGAAAAUUUCAAGAUAUCUAGCAAUGGCUAGGUGCAUUUUAAGUUUCAUCUUUUGAUUACAGGUGUUCAGUUUUUUAUUAUUUUUUCGACGUUAAAAUAUUUAAACGUUAAUGUUUUCAACCUAUUGAUGUAUAUUAUUCAUGAGUAAGGCGUUUUGUUUUGUAUCGGGCUAAUUUACGUCAAAUAUAAGACAUUGACCUUGAGCUUAUUAAAAUUUAAAAAGUGAAGGUAAAAGACCAUGAUGACAUAAAGUUAUAACGUACUAUUUUAUUUUAUUACCAUUACUAUUGUAUUUUUUCUUUGAUGCGACAGUGAAAAAAAGUAACCGGACGUUUUCAGUAAUUUCUCAUCCAGUCACAACGUAUUCCUACUUACGUCAAGAUCUCUAAUGGUGGUGUAAAACCGAAAUAGAUUCGUUAUAAAGUAAUUUUUUAACCAUUUUUCUCUGAUUUUUUUUCACUCUUUUACAACGUUUAUAAAAUACGUAAACUGACCUUUUGACUGCAAAUUCGUGUCGUAUUACACCCUAUUAAUAAUAUAUCGUUAUGUCUUUAUUCUGCUCUUUUUCAUGUCGGAUUACUUUACAUAUUAAUUAAGAGUCAUCUUAAGUAAAUAGAGAGCGAUGAAUAUAUACUUUGGAAAGAUCUUGGUCAAUGGAUAGCUUUAUAAUUACCGACCAAUUUAUGACAUGCUUAGAAUGAUUAUGUUAAUUAUAUUUGCUAAACUUUAAUUGUUUACUCAGCUGUAAUGCCUAUCAAAUCCGUUCACAAACCUCUGCAAAAUAUCUUAGCCUUUUCUAACAGUUCUAAGUCCGAUCCUCGAGGUUCUUUAAGCGGUAAUCAAGCUUUUUCAGUGGAUACCAAGUUAUAAUAACAAAACAGGUAUUGUACUCUCACACAGUUUGUUACCCCUCUUAAUCAUCAAAAGUUAUAAAUUUUUAAUACCAUAGCGUGAAAACGUUUACUUUAACAGUUUCUCCCCAAUAACUGAAUCCAUUUCAAAGGGACAUAGCAUUACUAUCACGCAAUUAUGGAGAUCGAUUUGGAGAAAAGUUGCCAUAAGCCAUAAUCUAUCAUCACGGUUUCAGUCUCUCAAAUAAUAUAAACAGCUCUAACAAUGAGUACUGAAAAAAGGUAAUUUCAAAACGAAAAAGUUAACCGCAACUGGGAUCCACAAACCACUUCUGCAUUGCCGGUAAAUAAUUAUCUAAAACUACAACAAUUAUUAUCCAACAGUCUUGUAUGCAUGCCAUCGUUUAUGCUAUAGUAAAGAACAUGAUAAAAAGUAAGACACUUACUCAAUUAAUUCAGAUUGUUCAUUCUCGAUUUCUAUCAGCUUUGAUAGUUGCCCCAGGGCUUCGUCCCUCUUUUAACUACCAAGAAAAAUUCUCUACUUCACCUAGUAAUUGUUUGAAAGUGAACGUCCGUGAUAUCGUUUUUGAUGAUGUUAUGUUUGGUUUAAUAAGGUCUCCUUAAAACCCUCUUCAGGUCAGUUUCAAGUCGCCCCAUGAAAGGAAAUUGUAGACAGUCUUGGAUUCUGGAUUUCACCUCGGUGGAUUCUGGAUUCCAGGUGGUGCAUUCCGGAUUCUUCUUUGUUUGUGGAACUUGGAAUACUUAUUCCAAUCCUUGGCGGUAUUACGUAUUACUUGCGAUGUAUAUAUUCCGGAUUCCAAAACGUAGGAUCCCGGAUUCGACAAUAAACGUUUGCUGGAUUCCGGAUUCCACAAUCAAAAAACUCCUGGAUUCCGGAAUCCAAAUUCCCUUACAAAGGGCGAAUCAAAAAGAAUAAUAAAAAAAGAAAUUUGAAUAAUCUAUCGCUAAUACUACCACACUGGUGAAAUUGUUUAAGUUAUUACUAGUACUUACUGGAUCCUCCUCCUCUGCUUUGUAAGUUAAAAAGAGAGUUAACGCUCGGACGCACACGCAAAUUCAAACCCCCACCGUGGUACAAGGAGGAAGGGGUUGAAGGACUCCUUCCUAGAGUUUUUGAUUUGUUGCAGUGUAUCGAAACGAUUUUGCCUUUAAUGGAAAGCCUGAAGAUGAGGUAUAUUUCAUGGGUGGUGGCGUUACUGGAGUCACCAACAAUGGUCGGCAUCUUGGCCACCAUCUUGGAUUUUACCAAUGAUCAGAAAUCAGGUUAAAACCGCAAGAAAUGGUAAUGGGUUUUUCGCUUGAGAGGUCAAAUAACACACAAAUUAGCAAUUUGCAUCAUUUUAUCCACAAUGUUUACUUUCAUUAACGAAAGAAGUUGAGAAAACAUGCAUUUUCUGCAUUUUCACUCAAAAUGGUUUGACCACCUGCUUCUUAUGACGUCAUAUUUCGUAACCAUAGUGACUGGUCAUCACUAAAGUUGUCUCAAAAUGCGUGUGAGGGAUAAACGAACAGCUCCUGAAAACGUCAGGUGCUGAUAUUUUAUCGUCUGGAAAAAAUCAGAAAAACCUCCCCACGCACUUGUACGUCCUAGGGUUAAAGGACGGCAUGUAAUCAGGAUACAUAAUUUGCUCUAUUUUACUUUAGGGCUAGGGCUGCAGGAAUUAUUGAUUAAAGAAUAACAUUACGUUUGUUACAAGUAGUUCCAAAAUUUUGUUUGAUUUUUUAGAAGUAUUUCUUAAAAAUAAAUAUGUGCUUCUUGUCGUGUAAUUGUCAGAUAACUCGAGACGCCUGUAAUUCGACAUGAAGCUUCUCUUCCAUUGUUUGGUCCUAGCAGCCAUGUUAGAUCUCUGUUCCAGCCAGUGUAGAGUGGCAAAUUGGUGGAAGGCAUUUGACAAAAAGGGAUGGGUGACAUGUCAAUCCACCGAAUAUUUGAAUGGACUGUACAGAAAUGACAACUGGAAAGACAACGACGGUAUUUUCUUAAUCGAAGAGGGAAGAUGUUGUAAAGCUCAAGCGCCGAAUCAAAAUCGCCCAUCGACUCACGUUAUUGCAAACUGGUGGGGAACAUUAGACAGGUUAGGAAAGAUUUAAGCCUUUGAAAUUCUGUACAAAAAUAAUCGCGGACUUUACCUUGGCCCAAUUCAAGGGUCGACAAGUGGCUGUAACAUCGAAAACGCUGAUAAUUGUUUGGGAACUGAGUUCAGAUUAAUGUUGGCUUUCAUAAUUGGCCUAUUAUAACAACAGGCUGCCUCAAAACUGUGACGGCAUCAAAUCCUUUUGAAAGAUUUGUGAAAUGUAUGACUAAAGACUUUGAUACUUACGGCAUUCAUUCGUUUAUUUUUUUGGGCAAAAGUUAGGUCAUUAAAUCCGUACUUUACAAAUCCUUGUAGACUGCAACUUAGCAUCAAUAAAAUAAAACGAAGAAGUUCAGUCAGCGGUAAGGAGAUCUAAGGAGUCAUUCUUAAAGAUGAACAAGAGUACUUCAAAACACAGGAAAGGAAAGCACAAAAGUGUAUCAAGCAUAUAUCUACAUAAAGCGACUUUUUUAAUAAUCAAGGGUGUUUGAAUAAAGUCAUCCUCUUUUUCUAAGAUAUCAAAUAGCAAUUUGCGGAGAACUCUUUGCAAAGUUUUCUUAGGCAGAACCGUUAUAUAUAUAUAUGUAGUGUGGUAUCUUAUUCCAAAGGCCAAGGUAAGACGUUUACAAAAAGCGCAUUUCUCUCUCAGUCAAGUACCCUGUUCUUCUAGGGUUGUGGUUGUUCAUACCAUUCCUGAUCGAAAGGACAUUUUGGUGAUUUUUCUAAAACAUAACUUAACCUUUUGUUCUUUCAGCAACAACCGCUGGGCCGUUUGUCCCAGUGGCUACUUUCUUCAAGGAAUAUAUCGUAACACUGGCAAAUGGCUUCACCACAUAGAGGAAGGCCGCUGCGCUAGACCCAAUAACUUGCCAACCAAAUGGUUGGAUUGCUAUGACCAUGAUAUUUCAUCAUCUUUCGACAAAAAAGGAUGGGGCCAGUGUGAUACGGAUUAUUAUCUUACUGGUAUCUAUAAAGGUGGUUGCGACAAGUUGUACUGCAUUGAAAAAUUGAAGUGUUGUAGUAUGUACGAUGGUUGUAGAAUGGCCAACUGGCGGGGGGCCUUUGAUAAAAAAGGGUGGGUCAAGUGUGAUUCAUCAAGCCACUACAUUACUGGGUUGUGGAGAAAUAACCCCAGGGGUUCAAAAGAUAAAAUCUUUUUGUUGGAGGAAGCAAAAUGCUGCCCCGCUCCAGCGCCGGAUCAAGGCACUCCAUCGACAUGUGCAAACGCCAAUUGGUGGCGAGUGCUAGAUCGGUAAGUGCAACAGAUUAAAUUUAAAAAGAGAGAGUGUCUUAAAUUACAAUUAAUUCUUUGAAAAUAUCAAAUAUACAUGUCAAUUAAAAGUGACUUUUUUCUGGCAUAACACUCAAAAAGGCUUCAUGCAGUAGACGAAAUAAAGUCGAAUACUAGCCUCUUUUGCCAGUCCGCUAUGUAUUAUUAAGGUGCAGUGAGGCGAUGAAAGUGGAUUAUAAUGCUUUGUGUGCAUCUCUGGGUUAAGUGUUCUCCUGCUAAGUCUUUUAAAAUAUAAUAACAACGUUCUUAAACAAUCAAACCUUUAUAACCAGUGCUCUAUCAUCAUGAGCAAGAUGCUCGACUCUUAUUCAGCUGAGAGGGUGUUAUCCCGAGGGGUGUUAUUAGGUCAUGGAUCAGUCAGAUUUUGCUGUCAAUAAUGACCGCAGAAAAGACGACUCUCUGUUCUAGAGGAAGCCUUGAAAAAAUUCAUUCGAAAAGAUACUUGUCAUAGAUACACCUGAGUGACUAAAGCUUCCCUUUACUUUACUGAAAUAACUAAUUGUAAGACUAUUUUCGAUAUAUAUAAUUAUUAUUUAAUGAUAUGAAUUAAAAUCCAUGCAAUGUAUUUAGCUGCGAGGCUAGCUUGGGGAAUAAAACAAAAGAAGUCGUCUUAAAGCUCGGCAAUGAAUGAUACGUUUCCUUUGUUUUAUUCCCCCAAGCCUCGGAGACAAGUGUGAAUUUUAAUGUAUCAAAAUUAGCGUAUUACUGAAUCUGAAUUAACAGCUCACGUUCUCUUCCUUUUGACAGCACGAACGUGUGGGCUAAUUGUCCUAACGGUUACUUUAUCCAAGGUUUCUAUCGAAAUAGCGGUGAUUGGUUGCACCACAUCGAAGAGGCCAGGUGCUGUAAGCCAAAAACAUUACCAAACAGAUAUGAGAGAUGCUACACAGAGGAUAUCGGGAGAAAGUUUGAUCACAUCGGGCUCAGCAAGUGUAAACAAAGUGGAUACUACGUGGCUGGUAUAUACAAGGGUGGAUGUGAUAAGCUUUACUGCAUUGAGAGGCUGAAGUGUUGCAAAAUGAAUGUUGGUAUGUUAUAGCUGACAAAUAAAGUAAGUAAGUAAUUUUUCCAGCAUAAUUCCUUUCAAGAAACCCACGGCAACGUGGUCGACUGGCUAAGGUGCUGGAGUUGCACUUCGGAGGCCACGAGUUAAUGUCCCGCCCUCGGAUCGAUUGCUGUAUUUCUUCUUGAAAGUCCCGACUUCAAGUCCUCGGCCGUGCUAGUCAAUAGCCAGCUGGUUUACCUCCGGCCAGUGGGGUUUCAGGGCUAUAAAUACUGCCGGGGGUAAAUAAUUAAAAGGAUAAUAAUGUCAUAAUUUUCAGCAGUUAUACUUAGCUGUUUAAGAAACGAACAGGAGUGCAUUAUCAGGUUAAAAAAGUCGAGGCGAAGGUGAGAGUUUUUACACCUGAUAAUACAAGACUGCGAGUUUUUUAACUGCUUCAAAAUCUGUGAUAUAGAUCAAUCCAUUCUUACACUAACAUUUAGAUUUGGGGUUAGUUUGGUCUAAAAAACUGGAUGUAAAGUUAAGCCGUGUCUUUAACAGAUACAAGGACGCUCAUUCAUUCAUUCUUUAUGAAUAGUUUAUGAUUAUUUUCAACAGUUAUCUUGAUUUUUGUGCUUUUGUCAGAUGAAUGCAGACUUUCCAAACCCUGCAAAAACGGUGGAACAUGUAUCGACCAGGCAGGAAGUUACAGCUGCAGAUGUAAAUCUGGAUACUCUGGCAAAAACUGCGAAACAGGUCAGAACAUGAUCCGCUGAUUGAAAUUUAGUUAGAUCAUGGAGAACACAAAAAUUAGGGUAGCAAUACUGAAUGUUGAAAAAAAAAAUCAUUUAUGUUUUAGACGUUAACGAGUGCUUGAAAAACCCAUGCAAGAAUGGGGCAACCUGCGUAAACCUCAAGGGAAGUUAUCGCUGCAAUUGCAAAUCUGGUUAUAUUGGGAACCACUGUGAAACAGGUAUGGGCUUAAGCAUUUCUUUAUUAACUGUUUUUGGAGCAAUUAUAGCCCACUUUUCCUCGAGGACUUGUACCUUGAUCUUCAAAAUACCAAAUUAUUGAAUGGUAUGGCCUUGCUUACACUGUAGGAAAGUUUGGACUACUAAAAACAAGGGAAGAGGGGCGUCUCUCCGUUUUGAGACAUCCUGUUUGAAUUGCGGAACAAACGUUUACUGCCGUCUACACUGAAUUCAUGUUUCAGACAUCAACGAGUGUACAAAAAAUCCAUGCAAGAAUGGGGCAACCUGUGUAAACCUUAAGGGAAGUUAUCGCUGUAAUUGCAAGUCUGGUUAUACUGGGAACAACUGUGAAACAGGUAUGGGCUUAAGCAUUUCUUUAUCAACUGUUUUUGGAGCAAUUAGCCCACUUUCCCUCGAGGAUUUGUACCUUGAUCUUCAAAACACCAAAUUACUGAAUGGUAUGGUCUAACGUACACUGUACGAAAGUUUGGACUACUAAAAACAAGGGAAGAGGGGCUUCUCUAAGUUUUGAGACAUCCUGUUUGAAUUGCGAAAAAAAACUUUUACUGCAGUCUAAACUGAUUUCAUGUUUCAGACAUCAACGAGUGUACGAAAAAUCCAUGCAAGAACGGGGCAACCUGCGUAAACCUUAAGGGAAGUUAUCGCUGUAAUUGCAAAUCUGGUUAUACUGGAAACACCUGUGGAACAGGUAUGGGCUUAAGCAUCUCUUUAUUUUGGAUCUGUUGCUGUAUACUUGAAGCCACAGUAUUAAACCAAACAAAAAAAUUAUCGGUGGAAAAGAGGAAUAAGCACAAGUAAGAUGUAAAACGCAUUUUUAAGUGAAAUAAACAAACCAAAACUGCCUAUCUUUCCAUGUCUAAAAUCCAAGAAAACAGCCUACAAAUUAUCGAUUGGUGGAAUUCACGAUUGACGAAAUAAAAGCAGUCGUUAAAAUGAAUAAACCAAAGAUUUCAACUUGUUUAUUUAUUUGGAAACAUGUCUUGACAGGCUGUUUUAACUACCCAUUUACAACACUUAAGUUUUCAGUUCCGCUGAAAGCGCAAGCCUUACAGCAUUAUAGUAAAAGAUGGAAGUAUAUUUUGCUGUGAUGAACUGUUUUUUGGGCAAAUACCCCACCUAUCCUCUGGGACUUGUACCUUGAUCUUCAAAAUACCAAAUUAUUGAAUAGUAUGCCCUUACUUACACUGUACGAACGUUUGGACUACUAAAAACAAGGGAAGAGGGGCUUCUCUAAGUUUUGAGACAUCCUGUUUGAAUUGCGAAAAAAAACUUUAACUGCCGUUUAAAUUGAAUUCAUGUUUCAGACAUCAACGAGUGUACGAAAAAUCCAUGCAAGAACGGGGCAACCUGCGUAAACCUUAAGGGAAGUUAUCGCUGUAAUUGCAAAUCUGGUUAUACUGGAAACACCUGUGGAACAGGUAUGGGCUUAAGCAUCUCUUUUUUUCGGAUCUGUUACAGUAUAACUUGGAGCCACACUCUUAAACCCAAUUAAUAAUCAGUGGAAAAGAGGAAUAAGUAACCUGAACUGCCUAUUUUUUUAUGUCUUAGAUCCAAGAAAACAGCCUACAAAUUAUCGAAUGGUGGAAUUCACGAUUGACGAAAAAGGCAGUCUUAAAAUGAAUAAACCAAAGAUUUCAACUUGUUUAUUUAUUUGCAAACAUGUCUUGACUGUUUCAACGACCCAAUAAAUUUAUAAUAAUUAAAUUUUACUCUGAAAGGGCAAGCCAAGCAGCGUUAUGGCAGAAGAUGAAAGUCAACUGUUUUUGGAGCAAAUAGCUCACACUUAUAGCUUCCCUCUGGGACCUGUACCUUGAUCUUCAAAACACCAAAUUACUUAAUGGCAUGGCCUUACUCACACUGUAUACCAAAGCUGGAAUACUAAAAACAAUACUACUAAAAACAAUGUUUGAGACAUCCUAUUUGAACUGCGAAACAACAAAAACUAUAAAACUGCCGUAUAAACUGAAUUCAUGUUUCAGACAUCAACGAGUGCACGAACAAUCCAUGCAAGAAUGGGGCAGCCUGCGUGAACCUUGUGGGAAGCUAUCGCUGUGAUUGCAAAUCUGGUUAUACUGGGAACAACUGUGAAACAGGUGAUCCAGCAGCAUCCCUUUAUUACGGAUCUGUUAGCAUAUAAUUCGGAAGAAUACCCUUGAACCCCAAGUAAUAAUCAGUGGGAACUAAGAAGAAUUGGUACGAGUAAACUGAAUGUUAAUGCAUUGUGAACAUAAAUGGAUAUUUGAAACCAACAACUAACUGCCCACCUUUUUAUGUCUACUAUUGCAAAGGUCGUCUGGUGGGAUUUCGGGAUAAACUGAUGAACAAACAGUUACUAUACACUGUAAAUCAGAAAGAUCUGUUUUAGCCCUAACAACAGGGCCGUUUCGGUGAGUCAAAUACAGUCAUAUUUUUGGGUCUAAUUUGACUCCUGUAAUAAGGACCAAUACAGUCCAAUUACCUCGGACUGAUUUGGACCGACGAGGUUAAUUGAGUCUCAGCCUGGGUUGGAACAGCCUUUGAUGGGGCUGUUUUGGUUCAAAUUGUGGUCAAUUGGCUCCAGGUAGCAGACUUUGGCGUGCAGGGCUAAAUUGUUUUUUCAGGGCUGAAACAGAUCUUUUAGUUUUCAGUGUAGAAUGAAAAAAAAAAACUAGUCGGAGAGGCCUUCAACUUGUCUAUACUCCUGGAAAAUUGUUUUCUCUCCCCCCCCCCCCCCAAUAAAACAAAAUAAAGUUUUUGGGUUAAAGAAAAAAAAAGACCCCUUUUCAUUUUGGAAAAAAACAAAACUUUUAUUACCACACUUUUUUACUCUCCCAAACUGGGAGGGGGGGGGGGGGGAAAGGGGGGCAAACAUUGGGGGGGCGAAGUCAUGUAAAAAAAAAUAAAACAAAAAACUAUAACAAUGCGAAAGAUAAAUAAAUUGGGUUUUGUGGGGGGUGUUUUUUUUUAAUUUUGGGGGCUGUGGUCCCGGGGGGACAAGUUUGGGUGCGGGGGGAAAAUUUUUUUUUUGGGGGGGAAAAAAAUUUUUUUUUUUUUUUGUUGAAAAAAAAAAAAAAAAAAAUUUGGGGGGGGCCUUAAAUUUUUUUUUACCCCUGAAAAAUUUUUUUUCCCCCCCCCCCCCCCCCCAAAUUAAGACAAUUAACGUUAUAGGCUUAGAGCAAGAAAGAGAUCCUAUUCUAACUGCGAAACAUCGAGAACUUUACUGCCGUCCAUUUUUACGCUUCAGACAUCAAUGAGUGUACGAACAACCCGUGCAAGAACAGUGCAACCUGCGUAAAUCUUGCGGGAAGUUAUCGCUGU